GCUGAGGCCCUGCUUCGAAUGAAAGCGACGCGUGCGUGUUGAUUAGCAGUCUUCCGUAGCUGCAAACAAAGAACACGGGAGGAACGCGUUGACGCGUCAAAAGCACGUCCUUGGCCGAUAAAAGCAUCCCAACCCUCCUCCUCAUUUAUCCUCUACCAACCACUCUCUCUCUCUCUCUCUCGUUUUCGUCGCCUGUGUGCUGUCUCGCCAACGACAGCUUUGCACACAUCCAACACUCUCUUCGCGUAUUAAAGCACAGUACACGAUUCUCUUAGCGUGUGUUCGCGUGUGAAUCCAUCUGGUUCCGGUGUGCUUGUUUUAUUUUGCUUGUGUGCAACCGUUGUUCUUCUAAUUUACUACGACGAAAUUUACGCGUCGUGCAGCAUCUGCAACUAUUUCUCUAGUCUUGUUCUUUGUCUUGUUUCGUGUCAAAACGUGUGUUUUCACUCGUCUUGACUAGCUUUUGUCGCUUCUUGAGUUGACCAAACUUUAAUUUUCGCGUCGCGUCGCGCAUUUUUCAGGUUUCUUUACGUUUGUUCCUUUUGCAAGAAAGAAUCAAUCCUCGCUAGUAUUUUUUCUUUGUCCGUCGUUAUUUUCUACCUUCGUUUCUUUUCCUCGUCAGUUGCGUUGUUCUUCUUUUCUUUGUCCUUUCGCUCUUUUUCGUCGUUUGUCCCACGAAUCUUUGCUCGCUCUCCUCUUCUACAGGGUUCCUUCUUUUGUAUCUAAUUUGUUUCUUGCCCAUCAAGCGCGUGCUGCUUCUCUCUUGCCUCUCUAGCUCUUUUUAUCUUCUCGCGCUUUUUCGUGUGUGUGUCCCCGUUUCGCUUCUGCUCAUUGCACAAUUGCUGCCUGUGUGUGUGUUUCGAAACCUUUUUCUCCAAACUUCUCUACUAAGCUACCUACAGUUUAUGAGCACUUGCCGACGCCAUUAGCUGUUGUCUCCAUUAUUUCUUGUCGCUUCGUUCUUCUCGGCCUUUAUCUCAUCUUCUUUCUUGAUUGAACCUCGUGAAACGGCCAAUCAUUCAGCCAUUGCUUCGUUCAAUUACUCAAUUGUCACCCACUGUAACGACCCUCUUCUCUUUGAUUCCGUGUAUACCCUUUUUCUUCGAAAAUGACAGCCAACUUGCCCCUUUCGAGUCUCAACAAAGGCCUCUCCUCUGACUCGAUGCCGUUCGCGGACAUCGACCCAAUGGGCCCAGCACUGCCAUCGAGCCUAUUGCACUCCCCCAUGCUGCCUAGCGAAGCCUCCAGCAAGCCGAGAAUGUCGCUUCUUAGCCGCCCCUCGUCAAACAGCAUGAACGAGUCCUCCAGCGCCCCCAGCACCAUUACCAACCCCACAACGUCUUGUGAGCUCAACAAGGACAAAGACGAAACAUUGACCAAGCCUGUGCAACCACGCUCCCUCCUGGCCGCCUCUUUGGAGAAGUCGUCGUCCACUAUGACGGCGGCAUCCUCCACCACAGGCGCUGCUCUCCGCAAACAGCCUGAACAUUCGGCUCUGCUCGCCUCCCUCAAUCAAAAACUAGUUUCGCUCAACCCGCUCACUAGCAAGGCGGCAGACGCCGUAUCGGCUACCGUUAGUACUACUUCGUCUUGGUAUCCACAGGACUCUGUGCUUUCCGAGUCCCCGCCCAUCUCGACAGCAGAUCUUUCGUCCUCGGCUGCUAGAGUGUCAGGUGAACCGUUCUCCAUUCUCGCUUCGAACGCCGCUACGUCUGCUGCUGCCAUUACGAACAAUUUGGUCGGUCUGAAAUGCGCUCCCAAUGCUGCGCAUGACGUUACGGUACCCUCAUUCUUUGACAACUCAACGGUCACGUCGCGUUACUUGAUCGUUUCGAAUUUGCCUCGCAUCGUUCCAUGCUCUUCACUCAUUGAGAUCUUUUCUCAAUUUGGCGAUGUUAAAGGUAUUGACACAUCGGCCCUUUCGACCGAUGGAAUAAUCAUUGUCGCGUUCUAUGAUCUCCGUCAAUCCAUCCAGGCUUCAAAAGCCCUACGCCACAGACGGUUCUUCAAUGAUCGUUUACUCAAUUGUCAGUUCUGCUCACGGGCAACGCUGCAAAAGAUGAUAAACCAGGGUGCUCCGAUUCACUUUCUUGAUGACAAUGAAGGUCAAUUAUUGAUCACACUACAGGGGAGCACUUCGGUAACGAAGGAGCAAAUGCAGGGGAUACUCCAAGCGUUCGGCUCCCUAAUUUCCUUAAAAACUCUGUACACGAACGGUGUUGCCCAGGUUGUUUGCAAGUACUUUGACUCGCGUGAUGCGUCUUUCGCCUACGAAGAACUGGACGGGCGUGUAAUUCACAACAUGUGCUUCCGAGUUUCGUACUACGACCCGUCAGUUGACUCGUCAAGUAGCUCUGCCUCACUUUCAAGCUAUUCUAUGAAGAGCCUCGGCGCUAUGCCUCCUUCUUUUGAUUGGAGUGGCAGUACCGGUGUGUCGUCAACAAGUCGCAAUACCGUUACUGAGAUGUCGUUUUCACCCUACGCUUCAGAUGCCUUCCCCGCGUAUCAGUCUGUGCCUUUAGGCCGUACAGAAUCUUCGCCCGCCUGGGGAACACAGCGUCUGCACAGACCCCUUGCAGACCGGUCAAACAAGUUUGACUAUGGUGCCAGUGCGUUUGGUGCACCGAAGUUUGGGCUCGAGUCAACAUCGCUUGGGCAGCCCAAUGCAUUCCGUUUGCGUCAUCUGUCGAAUGACUGGUUAAACAACAUUUCUUCGCGUUGGAAUUCCAUCCCGCAAUCGCUAAAUGAGCGUGAGUCGGAAAAUCUGGCCUCUGUUGGCAUGAAGAGAAGUUUGACUGUAGAUGUUGGUUCCGCUCGUCCUAACCCGUCAAAUUUGAGUUUUGCUUCACUAACGUUGCAUGACACAAACAAUAACCGGCCUUCGUUCCGCGACGUUAGCAUUCCUCAUUCUAUUUCCAACGGUUCGCAAUGCAUGGAACGGUCUGCUUCCUUGGACCGCAAUGUUGUUGAUUAUGAUCGCAUCCUUCAAGGCCUUGAUACCCGUACGACGAUCAUGAUUAAAAAUAUCCCCAAUAAGUUUACCCAGCAAAUGCUUCGUGACUAUAUUGACGUUACGAACCGCAACACCUACGACUUCUUGUACUUGCGUAUUGACUUUGUAAACAAGUGCAAUGUUGGUUAUGCUUUCAUCAACUUCAUCGAGCCGAAAUCUAUCGUGACUUUUGGAAAGGCUCGUGUCGGUACGCAGUGGAACGUUUUCCAUUCCGAAAAGAUUUGCGACAUCAGCUAUGCCAACAUUCAAGGCAAGGAGCGUCUCAUCGAGAAGUUCCGUAACUCGUGUGUCAUGGAUGAGAAUCCAGCCUACCGCCCAAAGAUCUUUGUCAGUCAUGGUCCUAAUCGUGGUCAAGAGGAGCCGUUCCCGGCACCUAACAACGCUCGUCGUAAACUUCGGUCAAUCGCCAGUGCUCAGCAAAUUGGCUUAUUCCCGCCGACGACAAGCAAAUGUUAAACUCAAAAGACAGGCAACAAAGUGGUGAUUUCCUUCACCUAGCGGCAUUUGUUUGCUUUUCAUUCCUCUAAAUUUUGCAUAUACAUGGCUAUCUCUUUACAUAUAUUAAGAGUCAUUGUUAGACUCUCGGCCACUAUAGUUUUGCACGAUUUGUCCGAUUACAACUUUUUCUUCUUUUUCCCCCCACUCCAUUUUCGUCUUUUUUUCUUCUUUUCCCCUGUUACGCUUUGCUUACGCUUAUGGCUUGAUGACUGAUGUUUCUUUUUUACGCGCGAAUUCCUGUUGACGGUUCAAAAAACAUGUCUUCCUAACUACCUGGCGCUUAUGAAUGGAGAGGAGGGAGUACUGUCUGGACGAGAAGCAGAAGGAAGGGAUAUUUGAUGUUGAACAGAGGAAUCGGGAUGUGGAUCUCUCAUAUCUCAUGAGCUUUCUCUCUCCUUGCCUUUCUCCUGUAUCAUCGUUGCUCUCUUCAUCUUUGUUUAAAUGCCUUCUACACCGUACCACUCGCCCUGGUCGCCGUCGAUCAAUACUCCCAGAGUUGUUCCUUGCUCCUACCAUUCGUUCCCUCCAUGCUUCCAAACCCCUUCUUGCCUUUGAAAUGCGACGGUGCUGUCCCUAUUCGUCCAUCUUAAUACGAAAGUCUUUUGGUUCAUUUGGAAGGUGUGUGCUAUCUUUUGCUUAAUGUAUGUAUCAUUAGAUUUGUUUUCUUGUGAAAUAUAAAUGCAG